AUGGAGGUUAUGGUCAUGACAAUCGACGUAUUGUCGCAUGGCGCCCUUGAAUGCCUGGUUCCUCGUCUACACCAUAAUAAACACCUCACACCCGGUGCUCUUGAAACGAGCACCACCGCUGCUGCGGUCCCGCACGGGGGCUCCGACUUUCCACGUUCGUUGAACGAGGGAAUGGAUGUGCAUGUUUCCAACACCAAGCCACAUCUCCUCGCAACAGUCACAGCAGAAACAGAAGCCGACCAUGCACCGAUAGCACGAGCGUGUCUAUCGGCAGGCACGCCGCUACAAGGCCCUGCACCGACCAAAAUCAAACCCGACUUAGGGUCUGAUCAAUGUCCCCUGUCGACCUUCACGUUCAGCCAAGAUGCUCCAGUCAGAAGCACUCCCUUCCACUUCCCCUCCAAGAUCCCCCCAUUGCGUCGACAGGGCGUCAAGCGCCGACGGCCCAGCACGGAUGUGGAUGGGCCCAACACGGCCUGUUUGUCGUGUAAGAAGCGCCGUCUCCGCCUCGACCUCAUCACCUCGCGGCUGUCCCGCCCCUUCUCCUUGCCUGCAACGCACAUCCUCAACCGCGAGGCCGCUGCGGCUGGAGACAAGCGCUUCCUCAAGCUCGCUGCCAUCAUGGCGGCUCGGCGCAUCGCGGGGAGCGGGCCGCAGGGGCAGCUUCACUCGCCGGACCAGCCGGGCCCCAGCGAGAUGCUCAGACGCGCAGCCAUCAUCAACCGCUUCCGGCUGAGGGUGUACCGGCACGCCGCGGCGCGCGGCGACUCGGGCGUGGCGCAGGUUGCGGGCAGCGCAAGCUUGCUGCAGCUCAGUCAGGGGCUGGGUGUGGUCAGUGGGGCACGGUUCCCCGGCCACCACGGGCCGCCCGGGUCGGUAGUGCCGAACAUACUCCCUCUGCUCCCUGCCCUGCCGCCGAGCGGGAGUCCGCACCCCUUAUCGAAAGCCGCGGCUGCCAGAUCCCCGUCUCCAUCAAGGUUAACAGCAACGGCGAUCACCACGAUGACGGCGACGACAGCGACAACGAUGAUGGCAGCCUCGACCCCGCCGAUACCAGCCCGGGAGAGGGAGCUGGACGCCGAGGAGGCGGAGGACCGAGAUAACGGGUGUGCCUUCCCGGGGUCCGAGUGGCUCGAGUGUCGGUACCAUGAUGAUGACGAGGAGGAGGAGAGGGACGGCACCGAAGUGUAUGCCGACUUCGGGGUGAUCUUUGGGGGUGGCAGCGACGCUGACAGCGACGAGGAGUACCAGGACUACAUGGAUGAUCUGGACGGAAUUCCCUGGAGUGUGAGGUAA